CAGUUCAGGGGAGGCGGGGGUGGUGGUUUGGUUGCCGCGCUGGGGCUUGCAGUUCCUGUGCGUCAUCAUUUCCUGUCAGCGUGGGGAGGAAGUUGAUUCCCUGGUGCGCAGUGUGGCCUUGUCGACAAGACAACAAGGGAAAUGAAGAUGAGAUUCCUGGGGAGGACCUGUCUUAUUGUCUUGAGUUUGCUUCCAGCUGUUUCUACACAAGGUGGAUGGCGUGUCGUUGGCUCUGAUCAGCCUGUCAUUGCUGAGCCUGGUGAUGAUGUCAUCCUGCCAUGUCACAUUUCACCCAGACUCAGUGCUGUGGACAUGGAAGUGAGGUGGUACAGGGAUGCAUUUGAAAAACCAGUCCAUUUAUAUAGUUUCAAAAUGAAUAUUCUGGGAACACAGGACAGUAAAUACCGGGGCCGCACUGCUCUCUCUCCCUCUGCACUGCAGACAGGCAAUCUCUCUCUGCAUCUGAGAAACCUCCAACCCUCUGAUAGAGGCGUCUAUACCUGCUUAGCUGAUGACGGAAGUCGGUAUGAAGGACAGACUGAAGUGAUAGUCGCAGCUCUGGGGACCCAGCCCUCAAUCUCUAUGGACUGUACACAAGGAGAGCAGACCCGGCUGGUGUGCAGAUCAGAGGGGUGGGACCCUGAACCUGAAGUGAUCUGGAGAGACAGGGAUGGAAACAAUGUGACAUCACUGUCCAACACAACAGUGCAGAGGGACAGUCAGGGGCUCCGCAGUGUCAGCAGCUACAUCAAAAUCAAACAGCAGUCCAACGUGUUCUCCUGUCUGGUUAGAAGUAAAACACCAAAACCAGACUGGGAAUCCAAACUUCACAUAUCCAGUGAUUUUUUCCCAGGAGUCUCUGGAUGGAUGGUGGCUUUCUUCUUGACUUUAGCUCUCAGUAUUGGAGCCAUUCCUCUGCUGGUGAUCCAAUGGAGAAGAAUGGAUGCCAUGGAGAGAAAGCUUGAGCCUAUGGCUGCUCAGCGCCUUGGUGAGGAACUUGAGUCUAUGAGACGGAUCCCUAAAUCAGAAUGGAAGUGGAUCCUCAGCUCAGCAGUUGACAGUUUGACUCUGGACCUCGAUACAGCACACCCCCGGCUCACCCUGCCUGUGGAUGGGAAACAAGUGAGAAGGAAAACGCAGGAUUAUAACAGUUCUCAGAGAUUUGAUUACAGGCGCUGUGUGCUGGGCAAGGAGGGCUUCACCUCAGGGAGACACUAUUGGGAGCUGGGGGUGGGAGAGAAUACAUUCUGGAGAUUAGGAGUCAGCAGAGAGUCUGCCCCAAGGAACGAGUUCAGCAUGACCUCCCAGCAGGGUUACUGGACUGUGGGGUGGGAUGGAGAUGAAGAUAAAGAGUUCAUUGCUCUCACUGACCCCCAGACCCCCCUCCCCCUGAGCCUGAAGCCCCAGAAGCUGGGGGUGUAUCUGGAUUAUGAGGAAGGGUGGCUCUCCUUUUACAAUGUGGAGACCAGAUCUCACAUCUACACUUUCACUGACAUGAAGUUCAAACCCAAUGAGAAACUCUAUCCAUUCUUCUGGACUUGGGACGAGAAAACAGACCUUGCACUGGUGUCCCCGGGGAAGAUGAAUGACAGCUCGCUCUUUCUUCUAGUCUGGAAAUGGAUUCUUUCUGCAUCAGUUGAUGUGACUCUGGACCCUGAUACAGCACACCCUGAGCUCACCCUGUCUGCGGAGGGGAAACAAGUGAGAAAGGAAAAGACACGGCAGGAUCUCCCUGACACUCCAGAGAGAUUUGAUGACAGGCCCUGUGUGCUGGGCAGGGAGGGCUUCACCUCGGGGAGACGCUACUGGCAGGUGCAGGUGGGGAAGAAUACACGGUGGAGAUUAGGAGUCAGCACAGAGUCUGCAGAGAGGAAGGGGGAGUUCAGCAUGAUCCCCCAGCAGGGUUACUGGACUGUGACGUGGUGGAGUGGAGAUAGAGGUGAGUUCACUGCUCUCACUGACCCCCGGACCCCCCUCUCCCGGAGCCUGAAGCCCCAGAAGCUGGGGGUGUAUCUGGAUUAUGAGGAAGGGCAGCUCUCCUUUUACAAUGUGGAGACCAGAUCUCACAUCUACACUUUCACUGACAUGGAUUUCAAACCCAAUGAGAAACUAUAUCCAUUCUUCUAUACUUCCUGUUUAACAGACCCUGUACUGGUGUCCCCUGACCCUGACCCUGUCAGCGCUGCAGAUUAAACACAUUGCUGAACCAGGAAACUAUUCAAACAGCUCAGACAAUCUCCUCUUCACUUUCACUGACGCUCUCUCUGCACUCUUCUGGCCUGAUGAGAAGAAAUCCUCUCUCUUCCACCCUCUUACCCUGAGCCCCUCCUCUUUAUUUCUCUACACCCCCUUUCCUACUCUCCCUUCCUGUCUCCCUCUCUUUACCUCCAUCUCUUCUCUCUCUUUCUCUCCUCUCCCCUUCUCCUCUCUGCCUCCCCUAUGGCUCUCCCCUUCUCUUUCUCUCUCCCAUCCCUCUGAUAUGUUAAUCCCUCUCUACUCUCCCUCUCUCCUCUCUCUCCCUCUCUCCACCCUGCCUUCUCUACUCUCCCUCUCUCCACCCUGCCUUCUCUACUCACCCUCUCUCCUCUCCCUCUCCCUCUCCUUCUCUCCUCCCUGCCCUCUCUACUCUCCCUCUCUCCUCUCUCCUCCCUGCCCCCUUUAAUUUUGUAAUGUGAUAUUUUGUAACAGCUGUAAGUCGCCCUGGCUAAGGGUGUCUGCUAAGAAUAAAUAAUGAGACUUUCUAGACAAUAGAUGAAUGCAUUAUUUUCCAUGUAAUCAAUAUUUACACUGAAGCUGAGAUGCUCCCUGAAUAUUAUUCAUUGCUAAACUCAGUGAACUGAUUUCUGCUAUUUUGAUAUGAAUCUUCUGUUCUGUUUUUGUAGCGCAUCUAUUUUCUAUCUUUCUUGAUAAAAUGUAUAAAAGAUAUAA